AAGCCCCAAAAACCAACACCUCUUCCACACUGGUAUUGAGACAAGAGAGGGUGGAACAGGUGUGUGGACACUAACCUGUCAGGGCUGCCAAGACAGUAAGUGGCAGAGCCACUCUGGCGACUUGAGAAUCUCGCGGCGCCGGAAGAGACGGUAGGAAACAUGAAUGUGGUAUAAAACGCUUGGCAUGUGUGCGGCUCUGGCGGUGCCCCGGAUGGAGAAAAAAAAAACAGAACACUUUCCCCCACUACAACCUAGAUUCAAGGUCUCCCUAUGACAACAUUCUGCGCAAGUCCGCCUAUCGCCAAUUGGAUUCUUUCAAAUAUAAAAUGGCCAAAGACAAAUAUCGGAAGAAGGUCUCUGAUGAGCCAAAGGUUCCCGUGACACGUUUGUUUCUUCCCAGCUCACUCUCUACUCCAGAAGCAGGCCGUCUUCAAGCUAAUUUUUAUCCAAUAGUGGACGAGCGGUUCACCCCAAUUCACAGUGACCCCCGCUUCGCCCUCCCCCGUCGCAAAGAUGCAAAACUCAAGGUCGAUAAGCGCUUUGAGCGCAUGUACAAGGAUGAGUCGUUCGCGGCGAAAGCCAGUGUAGACAGAUACGGCCGGAAGAUUGGAAAAGAUGCUGGGAAGGAGGAAAUCAAGCGGUACUACCAUAUCUCCGACGAGGAAGAUGAGGACGAAGAGGAAGCACGAGCAUACGACCCAGCAAGAGGCGAAGGUGUAAUUUCAACUUCUGAGGAAUCAAGCGAUGAGGAAGACGAAGAAGUUGGAGAGGCGGAGGAGGAAGCGGUGAGGGCUCAAAUGGAGGUUCAGAGGGAGAUCCCCAUGGGAGAGGUUAGUAAGAGGUUUGCAGCGGUGAAUUUAGACUGGGAUAAUGUUCAGGCGGUGGACCUUUUAAAGGCUUUCUCGAGCUUUGUCGCUGGAGGUGGAAGCAUUGUUAGCGUGACGGUCUAUCCGAGUGAGUUUGGCAAAGAGAGGAUGGAAAGGGAAGAGAUGGAGGGGCCGCCUAGAGAGAUUUUCAAGCCAAAGGGUAAGGCCAGGACUAUUGGCAGUGAUGAUGAGACCGGAAACCAGGACGAGGAGGUCAACGAGAAGACCAUCAUUAAAGAGGAUACGGGAGAGGAGUUUGAUAGUGGCAAGCUGAGGAAUUACCAAUUGGAGAGAUUGAGGUGUGCUCUAGUGAUACCGUUUAAAUUGUGAAAGCUACAAUCGAGCUAAUCGGGUGCGGUAGCUAUUAUUACGCAGUAGUAGAAUGCGAUUCCCCGGAGACUGCGAAACAUAUUUACGAGCAAUGCGAUGGUGCAGAAUAUGAAGCUACUGCGAAUUUCUUUGACCUCCGAUUUAUCCCAGAUGAAACAUCUUUCGAAGAUGAUAAACCUCGAGAUAGGUGUACCGAGGUUCCAGAAAACUACAAACCUAUUGAUUUUUCCACAGACGUAUGCCUUCGACAUCAUGAUAUCAUGAACAGCCACUAACACCUAUAUUCCAGGCACUCCAACACUCUAAAGUCAAACUAACCUGGGAUGAAGACGAUCAACAGCGAAAACUUGCUACCAAACGUGCCUUCUCCCAGCGGGAUAUGGAAGACAUGGACCUAAAGGACUAUCUAGCUUCAAGCGACAGUGAAUCCGAGUCCGGAGCUCGCGAGGCAGCAAAGGAUAAAUACCGGGCUCUGCUAUCCGCUACUGGUUUCGGAAAGAAGGACGGGCCCGAGCUAGCAGGCGAUAUGGAAGUCACAUUUGCAUCAGGGCUAAGCGAAAAGGCCAAAGGUCGAAAAGUCAUUGAGGAGGAUGAAGAAGCAGAAACCACAAUAGCCAAGUACGCCCGAAAAGAGAAAGAGCGAAAGCAACACCGGAAAGAAAGGCUGAAAGGCGCACGAGAAGGGAAUGGCGGGGGCGACAAGCCCGGGAAGGCGGAGGAUGAAGCGGGAGACAUAACCACAAACCUAGGCUUCAAUGACCCCUUCUUCGCCGAUGCCCCAGCCUCAAAAUCUGCCGAAAAGAAGGAAAAGAAGCGCAAGGACCGAGAAGCAAAAGCUGCUGAAGCUGCCGAAAACGCGUCCAAACGCGCGGAACUGGAACUCUUGAUGGCGGGCGAAGACGUCAAUGCCGACGACAAAAAGCUCCACCACUUUGACAUGAAGCAGAUCGUUAAAGCUGAGAAAAAGAAGGGCAAGAAGAUCAAGCGUAGAAAGGAGGGGCCCGAGCCUGAGGGAAUGCAGGAUGGGUUCGAAAUAGAUGUUAAGGAUCCUAGAUUCGCGGCUGUUUAUGAGAAGCAUGAGUUCGCGAUUGAUCCGACAAACCCGAGGUUCGUGAAGACAAAGGCUAUGGUUAAGCUUUUAGAGGAGAGGAGGAAUAGGACGCAGAAGAGGGAUAAUGAUGAGGGGAAGGAGGUCGAAGGCAGGGGAGAGGGGAAGAAGCGAAAGGUGGACAAGCCGGAUAAGGGCGGAAAGGAUAAGGAUGAGCUCAAGAGGCUAGUGCAGUCACUAAAAAGCAAGUCUAAGGAGUAACGGGUGUUAUGGACGCACAGCGGUUUCUGGAGUAUACAGGUGUUGUUGUAGUUGUAGAUGGCUGUAUGAUAGAUAUCCUCUGAAUAUCCAAAGGCUUUCGGAAUAUUGAUGAAGUCUACCAG